AUGACGCAGUACGAGUAACGAGUGUGUAAAUAGUUGUGUGUGUGUGUAUGUGUGUGUAGUUGACGCAUAGUUAGCUUGAAAUAUUUCCCAAUGUUCACAACAAGACCAUAUACAUAUAUGUCUGUCGGACACCUGUGUACUUUGGUCUGUAAUGGUACGCUUUGAGAUGACCCCACGUUAUCUGGACACUAGAUAUCAUGAGGACAAAUUGUGGAUAUCACUGGGCGGCCCUGACAACAAUAUAUACACGUACUUUAUAACGUUACAUCCACCGCAGUGUAGGUGGGUUCGGCUUGUAAUAUUACCCAGUCGAACUGUGGGCUGAAAAGACUUUUGUUGACUAGUUUACCAAUCAAUAUAAAAUGUAUAAUGUUUAACAAUAAACAGGGAUAAGUAUGAUGACACAUUAUCACGGGAACAGGAAUCAUAACUAUUAUUUCAGUCACCAGACCUACUUUGCUGUGGAAAAGAGAAAAUGACCGGGGGAAACCCUCUAAAUAACAGCUGUACACCAACCGAGUAUAAAAUCAACGACAUAUGGCAAAGAGUCAACAUCUGGAUCAAUCCGAUAAAGCUAUAGUCCAACUGCACUAUAUCCGGAAGAGUAUAUAAUUAUAAUACUACGCCGUCUGUGUCCGGAAUGCAAUGAACCCAGCGAUUACGUGGUUGGCUUCCAGUCGACCAAUCAGAUGAGAGCUUCUGUUAUUGAAAAAUAAGUACGAUACAUAUAAGUUGUAUGAUUUCGUAUAUGGCCGUCAUUUUAACACAUUGAGCGAUAUGGCGAUCAGUCUAAUAGAUGCCAUUAGAAAUGGUGAUUUAAAAACUGCAAAGAAGAUGUUGCAGCAUAAUACUUAUCCUAAUAUUGACGCACAAACUUGUCUUCGAGACGGCACUGCACUGUACUGGGCGUGUAGCCUGGGGUUCCUGGAUAUACUGCAGUUAUUGCUUAUCCAGGGGGCAAAUACCAGUACCCGGACCGAGUGGGGUGCCACACCCCUUUCUGCUGCCUCCGACAAUAAUCACACUCAGAUCGUCAGACUUUUGCUGAAGUUGAAUGCUGAUGUAAAUUCUAAGACAAGUUCCGGUAACACACCGUGCCAUCUGGCAGCAUAUCGGGGUUUCUCCACGGUCGUACAACUUCUAGUGGAGGGAGGGGCCGAUAUACGAUUACGUAACAACAAAGGACAAACGGCGAUGGAUCUAGCGAAAAACUCCGGGCACAAUAAGAUUGCUUCUUAUCUUCGUGCAGUUUCCGAAAUAUUGCAAACUAAGGAAUUGAUUAAAAGACAGAAAUCACCAAUUAAUACCAGUACAGUAUGUCCGCGCACAGUCGCAAAGUCAGAGAAGCCUGCCCUGAACUCUUGUGUCCACAACAGAACGCUAGACAACUAUACACCAAGGUCACACGUGCCUUACACGCCCUCCACUCGGACUAUACAUUGUGCUAAUGGAGGAUAUUCUAAUCCUGUAUGCCAUUUUCUGAAAAACGAUUUAAACGAUUUAUCUACUUCCUGUCCAGACAAAAGUCAACUGUCGUACAACAAUAUAGUGACGCUUGAACAAUGACGUAUACCAGUGCUUCUUACUGCGAUCAGAAAUCCGAACAAACAUAAGUGUGGGCAUUGUGUCUUCUAAUACGGACUCUUCCUUGUUUUAUUAAGACACACAUGAUAUUACAUUAUUAUUAAAGUAUGAAUUUAUGUUGUUGCAUGUCACGUGAUUGUGAAAACAUUGUGUAGUUGAAAAAAAGGUGUUUAACAUUCUAAAAGUAUCCAUACGUGAGUACAUUACAUAUUUGUCUUGAGCUACAAAGUAACAGACCUUCAAGAAUUGCAGAUUUUGUUUCUUAUAUUGCAAAUAUUUCAAAAUCACUAUGAACUACUUUUCAUGCGGCAUUCUUAAGGAACAAACAAGUUUGAUGAUAUUUUACUUCGUGAAUCUCUUAUCAUCUGAAUUACCAGUAAAUCACCGGUAUAAAUACGGAAUGUAAAAUUGCCUGGAAAUACUACUAUUGUCAAAUACAAUUUGCUGGUAGCGAUUUAUCAUGGCCUCGUAUAAGUGUGAGAAUUACUAAAAUACUUCCUGAAUAUUUUGAUUGUUUACAGUAACAUAACAUACAUUGAAUACGUAUACAUCAUUGAUACGGACAAAGUACUUAAUCUUCUAUACACAUAAUGUACUUCAGGAAAAAUUGAUUGACGUCAUGGUUGGCGUAGUAUGUUGUUUACUUUGGCGUUCAGUACACGGUUGAACGAUGAUGGAAUGUGUCGGUAUGUUAUAUAUGAUGUAUAUCUAGUCUCGCCCCUGUCCUAUACAGACGCCGGGGUCAUUGUAGUAUCUUACUGCUAUCUAGCAUUUAUCUGUGAUAACUCCUGCGAAACCAUUAGACGACCAUAUGUGCCUCUUUAUAUCCACAGCUUAUAUUUAUAAUAUUUUUCAUAAUUAGUGAUUUUUUUAUGACAGGAUUACAUAUGAUUUUUCCCAAUCCUUUUUUUUGGCAAUUAAAUAUGUUUGAAUAAGAUUUUCCCCCCGAAUAGUCCCUUGUCUCAUCAAUAUUCUUUUUCUUAAGGCAAUUUCUUAUCAAAACAAAUCAUAGGAAACCAUACUUGAAUUAAAGGAAAAGACGUAAUCAGGGAAGUGCAAUCCUUAAAUUCUAUAAUGUUUUUCUACGAUUUUUAAAAGAUAAUUUCCUCAAGCUAAAGCAUAUUGGUAAACGCCGGGUCUGAUCACCUAAAGUUUUGAUCUGUGCAGAUUUUCCGACAGAUGCCACUAGGCACUAGUCUAUGUGUAUGAUCGUGGUUUCAUAAAUGAUAUUGACCAAUGUGCUUUCAGUACUAUUUUUCACCUGCCAACGACUAUCAGUCCUUGUGUGGUGAAUUGUUAGAAAUUGUUAAGUUUUUAAAUGUUUGUUGUAAUGAAUACUAUUGUGUCAUCAGUGCCUUUCGCAAUAGGAAACACAACUUAUGUAAGCAGUGUACAUGUGUUAUAUAAAUGUUCAUAGAAAAUGGUAUUCAUCGUGAUUUCAAUUGACAUAAAGAUUACGUAUUGUUAUAA